AGCCACCCCUGACUUCAAACAAGAGAAAAGCGUUAGGGAAGCACCCACCAAGGCCAAGCGAUAGACUCCAUCCCUCAAACCUAAACCUUCUAAAAGAAAUGGGAUCUUUACAACUGCCCGGGCCAUGACUAUGGAUAAACCCAGAAACCAGUCGAGGUUCAUCCUCUUUCUCCGCAAAACAUGGAACCCAUUCUUAAAUCCGUCUACCUACUUCCCUCCCUUCCCUGGAAUCUGCUAACUACCCCCUCCAAAAUUCCCAAAAUAUACCUCCUCGCUCCCAAAAUAACCCCCGAACCAUCAGAAAAGGUGGGGGGACAAAAGGAACCAAAAACAGGAUUCGUUUCUUUUUGUCUCCAUUACUGGUGUCCAUGGCGACCUUCGUCGCCAAAACCCCCCCAUUCCCCAGGCCCCUCAAAUGCGAUCUCUCCCCUCGCGCCCGCCCUCCCUUCCCCCUCCUCCAUGUCCUCAGCGAGGGGUGGGCGAGCCCCCUCCGAGGGUUCAUGAGGGAAACCGAGUUCCUCCAAACACUUCAUUUCAACUCGCUCCGCCUGCCGGACGGGUCGCUCGUCAACAUGUCGGUCCCCAUUGUGCUCGCCAUCGACGACGUCCAGAAGAACGCCAUCGGGAACCAGCGCAAGGUCGCGCUCGUCGACGCCAACAACAAGCUCGUCGCCAUCUUAAGCGACAUUGAGAUUUACAAACAUAACAAAGAAGAAAGAAUUGCAAGAACUUGGGGAACAACUGCUGAAGGCUUGCCAUAUGUUAAGGAAGCUAUAGAAGAUGCUGGAAACUGGCUAAUUGGAGGAGAUUUGGAAGUUAUAGAGCCAAUCAAGUACAAUGAUGGUCUUGAUUGCUAUCGUCUGUCGCCUUCUCAACUCCGUGAAGAAUUUUUGAGACGCAAUGCUGAUGCUGUAUUUGCUUUCCAGCUUCGAAAUCCUGUGCACAAUGGGCAUGCUUUACUCAUGACGGACACACGUAGGCGUCUUCUAGAAAUGGGCUACAAGAACCCAAUUUUGUUACUUCAUCCCCUGGGGGGCUUCACCAAAGCAGAUGAUGUACCACUUAGUUGGAGAAUGAAGCAACAUGAAAAGGUUCUUGAGGAGGGUGUUCUUGACCCAGAGACAACAGUAGUUGCAAUCUUCCCCUCUCCCAUGCAUUAUGCUGGUCCAACCGAGGUGCAGUGGCAUGCAAAGUCUCGGGUAAAUGCUGGUGCGAACUUCUAUAUCGUGGGUAGAGACCCAGCUGGCAUGAAGCACCCCAAAGAAGACAGGGACCUUUAUGAUCCUGAUCAUGGAAAGAAAGUUCUGAGUAUGGCUCCAGGACUUGAGAAGCUUAACAUCCUACCGUUCAAG